AUGCCGGCCGCCGUCGGACUUCUGGCCGUGCUGCCCCUGCUGCCUGCGGCCGCGGUCCACGUCUGGAGGGGCGCCGCGCCGCCCGCGGGCGCGCCGGGCGGGUCGGUGGGCCUGAUCCAGGUGCAGGGCAAAGCCGGCAGGACGCAGACGUUCGUGGAGGACUCGUCGUAUUGGGCCGCCCUGAACGUGAAGAACAAGGUGGGCGUCACCCGGUACCAGGAUCACGAGUUCAAGAGUUCUCGGAGAACGGACGGCAAGUUCUACUGGGCAGACUCCAGCAAUCGCAUGCAGACCAACUAUUCCGGCGCGAAGGAUCUCACGGCGGGCGUGUCUUGGGGUUGGCACCACCCCACUGGAGUUUACAACACCAUCCCGGUCGGCAGCCCCCUCUUCGACGACGCAGAGAACAUUUACAUCGGGGCCGACGAUGCGAUUCGGAAGUUCAGCAUCUCUGGCGUCCUCUUGUGGAGCUAUGCUCCCCGAGGUCAGCUCGCGGCCGCGCCGUCGCUGUGCGAGGCGACCACCCGGCGCGUGGCGGCCUCGGUGCAGGACGAGAAGGUGAACGAGGAGCAGGAGAGCCUGUUGCGGCCAGACUGGGCCAAGGGCACGGAAUCUGACAGGUCUCCUCUCAAGGACUUCCAGGUCGGCGACCUCGUCCAGGUGAAGCCUGGUGCGAGCUACUGGGCGGACGGCAGGGAGCUCUACAAGGCUGGCGACCAGGGUAGGAUCUACAACUUCGUCCCCGGCGAGCAGGGCAAAGACGGCAGGGCCAUGGUCCAGUUCGACCGCACUGGGAACAAGACGGUGGUGGAGCUCCAUACCAUGAGAGACCACUUCACGCGCGUGGAGCGGGCCAGCGCACACACCACGCUGCCUGCCAUGCUGGUCGGGAGCACCACCUCUGGCUACGUGUUCGCGCUCGACCUCGACAGCGGAGACGAGCUGUGGGCAACCUGGGCUUCGAACGAGAUCGCCGGCGUCAAGGGGUCUGUGGGCUGCAAAGGCGGGGUCGUGGUGGCCGCCACCGACCGCUGCACCGACCGCUACUGCUACAGGUACCGCAACCAGACGAACCCCCUCACGCCGGGCAAUCAGUACGUUCGGGGCCUGAAUGCCGCGGACGGCAGCGCCCUCUGGGAGUACAAGACUUUCCAGCCCACGUGGAACAUGGUCCCACUCUGGGGCCCGGGAACCUCCGUGAUGUUCCAGGACUGGGAGGGGAGGCUGUACGGCCUAGACUACCUGACCGGCGCCGAACGAUUCAAGGCCGGCGGCGACAUCGGGACGCACAGCAAUGCAGCCGCCGUUUACAGUCCGGGCCACAACAUAAUCAUUGCCCUAGGCGUGCAGCACUACGAAAAUGGCCGCUGCAAUCCUUACCCGGCGCCUGGCAUCCUCCCCUCGUGCUGGACGUGGCCGGGCUCCAGGGGCUUCAUCCGCGGCUACAACGCCACCUCGGGCAGGCGGGUCUGGGAGGCCGAGACGCCCGAGCCUCCCGCCAGCGCCAGCAUCAGCGCGCUCAACAGCCCCUCCUACCACACCCGCCUGGUGGUCACCAUGGGCCACAACUGCUACCUCGGCUCCCCCAGCAAAAUCUGGGGCCUCGACCCGAACAACGGCCACAUCCGGUGGAUGAAGGACGGCCCGACGCUGUGGACCGGCUUUUGUGCUGGCGACAAGGAGGGUGCGGAUAUCCGCCGGGCCAUGGGCGGCCGCGAGAAGUGCAACCCGAACAGUUGGUCCCUGCCAGUUGCCGAUUCGACAGGGGACCUGUACGUUGGCAACCAGGUUGGGGAGCUGAUGAGGUACGGCUUGAAGACCCACUCGUCGUCCACCAGGCCCGAGCUGCUCUCGACCCUGACGACAGGCGUGGCCUUCCAGGAUUCGGCCAUUGCGUUCAGCGCGAGCGCCAUGGCAGUGUCCACGUGCACCUCCCUCAUCGUCUUCCAGACCAUGGCAAACUUCGAAAACGCCACCUGGUCUGUCUCGCACAGCGAGUACUCACCGACGCCCGGCAUGGUCCACGGCGACGAGCUCUCGCAUGAGAUCUCGGAGGAGAGCCACGACGACAUUUCGGUCACUCCGAAGGUCGACUCGGACGACAUCUGGUCUAACGACGAGCCCGUUUACGACCCGAACAUUGACGGGCACACCUACAAUCGCAGACAGGCCAGGAAGCAGGAGCCCAUCUUCGAGUAUUGA